CAAAGCGACACACAAUUGAGAGGGAGAGGGAGAGGGAGAUGGGUAGUCAUGCGGAAGUGGAUAGCAGUAGUACUACUGAAAGUAGAUGGAGUCUUGAGGGAACUACGGCUCUUGUCACGGGCGGAACAAAAGGAAUCGGGCAUGCUAUUGUGGAGGAACUUGCACGUUUUGGUGCGGUCGUACAUACAUGCUCCCGAAAUGAAGCUGAGCUUAAUGAAUGCAAGCACGAGUGGGAGAAAAAGGGUUUUCGAGUCACUGUUUCAGUAUGCGAUGUUACUUCUCCAUCUGAACGACAGAAGCUAAUUACCACUGUCUCUUCUCUCUUUGAUGGCAAACUAAAUAUCCUUAUUAACAAUGUUGGAACAAACAAAAUGAAACCGACAACGGAGUACAAAGCCGAGGAUUUCUCACUUAUAAUGUCCACAAAUUUCGAAUCAGCUUAUCACUUGAGCCAACUUUCACAUCCUCUUCUGAAAGCUUCGUCAGCUGGAAGCAUUGUGUUUCUUUCUUCAGUCAGUGGCGUCGUAUCAGUUAACGUUGGAUCCAUAUAUAGCGCCACCAAAGGGGCAAUGAAUCAGCUAACAAAAAAUCUUGCAUGUGAGUGGGCAAAAGAUAAUAUAAGGACUAAUUGUGUUGCACCUUGGUUCACCACGACUCCCCUUGCUGAACCUCUUCUUACUGAUGAAAACAUGUUCAAGGCUAUCAUCUCUCGAACGCCAAUGGGAAGAGUUGGAGAGCCAAAAGAGGUGUCUUCAUUGGUGGCGUUUCUUUGCCUUCCUGCGGCCUCUUUCAUCACCGGCCAGAUUAUUUGCGUCGAUGGAGGUAUGACGGUGAAUGGCUUCAUGAUGUCCCCAUGAUAAGCAUGGAUACAUGAUAAAUGGGUUCAAGAUUUAGGAUAGGUUUGGGGGGUGAGAUGAGAAUUUUGUGUUUUGUUUUGAAGUUUAAAAUAUUAAGUUUUAAUAUUAUUAUUGUUUUGGGAUUUGAAAAAGGUGUAUUGGGAUUUGAAAAAAUUGAAUUGUUUAUUAUAUUUUGUAUGGGGAUUUGAAAAAGGUGUAAUGAUGAGAUGAGAUGAGAUGAAAAUUUUAUGUUUUGUUUUUGGCCCCAAA